AUGUUCAAUGGUCGAAAGCCGGAGACAUAUUGCCUCCCGCGUGACGCUCUCGAUCCGCCGCCCGAACUCCUUGCGCAGAUUUUUCCCUGGGUUGAGCGAGAGCAGGUCACUCUCGAGGCUCGCGUCCGAGAGAACCCAUUGGCUCAAGAUUAUGCCCUGCGCCACUUUCUCCGACUUUUGGUAUGGCUGCGCCGCAUUCUGCUUCAAGACGCAGCCCUCCUGUGCACGAUGCAUCCAUCUGCCCCCAUCUUCAGAUUUGCACCGUUCAACACCCCCGCUUUUCACCGCUUUGUCAGCGAGGCGAUGCCCGCCAUCCGAGAAGCAGAAGAACAGGCCCACGUAGCAUAUCAGAACCUUCCCGAGCAUCUGAUAACCAGCCUGCGGGGUGCGACCACCGGCGUCCUUAUGGAGCAGAAGAGGCAGUAUGAGGAGAACAACCGGCAGAUGGCCGACAUGUCGGAGAGGAUGGUCAAGAUGGAAGGCAUGAUCGGCAUGCUGGUGAACUCCAGAAACACUCACAAGUCGAGGCCAGCUGCAGCCUUUGUGGGCCCCGAUCCGAGCCCGACAACCUCUGCACCUGCUGCACCUGUAGCUGCACCUCCCACUGUCGCCCCGCCCAUUAUCAUGAUCAACUUCCAUGGCAGCGACGGGCCCGGAGGCAGUGCGGUGACUCCCGCUGCGCCAUUAAUCACAGCAUCUGUUACAGAGCUGCCGAGCAGUUCAGUGUCGCUCCUCGCAAAUGCCACUUCACCCGGCUCCACGGGAUCAGCCGCUCCCACAUCAUUGGUGGUCCCGGGGCUCGUUCCACCCAUUGCGGUCUGGAUGGAGUGGACUGCGGGACUUGGAGGACACAUUCCCGUGCGCGAGCUGAUGGAGAAAUGGGGCAACCGCUGGCGCCACAACAAUGCGACGCUCAAAACGGAAGGUGGGCGUCGCAAGAAGAUCGUCGAGCUCAUCACGGAGCUGUCGCAGAAGCCGCGCUGGUCCGUCCAGCUCGCGUUGCGCUUCCUCGAAGAGAAGUAUCACCCGAGGUAUAGGGCACGAAAGUUCUGUGAAUACCUCAUGGAGUCCGGCAGUGCGGGACGUCUCGAGGUGCUGAAGGCUGCGAUGAAGUAUCCGUAG